AUGCUGAAGAGGUCUUUUGGUUACAAGGAUCGUGCCGGCAAGGCUACGAAGCCUACCAAGAGAUCCUUCCGUGAUGAUGCAAAGCUGAAGUUGAUCGAGCAGCUUGCUCAGCCGUCCACCUCUCCCAGGCUCAAUAGCGCCAUAGUCACCAUAGUGGUAGGCAAGGACCAACGCCUGUUCGCUGCUCAUGAAGACGUCCUCAAAACCUCGCCCUUCUUCGGAUCGGCAGCCAAGGACGCCCUCUAUACUUCAGCUUCGUCCUCAUCUCGUCGCAUCUUCCUACCCGACGAAGAAGCAGAGAUCUUUUCCGCCGUCCUCGAAUUCAUGUACAAAGGCGAUUACUUCCCGCGUUUGCUCCAUGAUCGCAGAAGAAACACCUGGGUCCUUGAAUCCGUGGAUGAGUGUUCUUCCCUCUCCCCCAAAUACCAAGGCAGGGGUAAUGCAACCACAGUCACCACAUUCAGUUCAAGGGUCAAUGGCUUGAUCUUGCGUGAUACGGCUAUCUAUUGCCUGGCUGAGCGAUUCGGUCUCGAAGAACUCAAAAAGCUGUCUUUGCGUAAGCAGGGACUGCAGUCAGGCAUUGAGGUUGCUACUAUCCUUCGCAGUGCGAGAUUUGCCUACGACAAUACGCCAGAGACUGAUUCUCGGCUUCGUGCACAUUACCUUGCUUUGAUUAUCCGCAGCCGCAACACUUUCAAGCGUAGUGGUACCAUGCAAGUGGAGAUGGAGAGUGGUGGACGCAUGUUCUUCGAUCUGUUUGUCGCCAUGGCAAACCAUAUCGAUGAUUUGACAGAGUUGAAGGGGCAAGUUUGA